AUGGCCGAGAACCAAAAGACCUGGUGGCAGCAAUGGACAGACACCACCAACGUCAAACAUUUGAAAUUUGUGAGGACCACACAUGACCCCUUCAUACGGCAUGAGGAGCAAGUGCUCAUCAACCGCAGGGACAUCACAAGUAAAAAGGAUGCGUGGGACAUGCAGGAGUUCAUCACUCGCAUGUACAUCAAGCAGCUCCUGCGACACCCAGCCUUCCAGCUGCUGCUGGCCUUGCUGUUGGUGGUCAACGCCAUCACCAUCGCUCUCCGCACCAACUUUGUCCUUGGUCAGAGACACUAUCAGUUGUUCUCUACCAUAGAUGACAUUGUGCUGACCAUCCUUGUCUGUGAGGUUCUCCUUGGCUGGCUCAAUGGCUUUUGGAUUUUCUGGAAGGACGGCUGGAACAUCCUGAACUUCAUUAUCGUCUUUAUCUUGCUCAUGGGGUUCUUCAUCAAAGAACUUGAUAUCAUUGCUAUCACCUACACGCUCAGGGCGCUUCGGCUGGUGCAUGUGUGCAUGGCGGUGGAGCCCCUGGCCCGGAUCAUCCGUGUCAUCCUGCAGUCGUUGCCUGACCUGGCCAAUGUCAUGGCCCUUAUCCUCUUCUUUAUGCUGGUGUUCUCAGUGUUUGGGGUCACACUCUUCGGUGCAUUCGUGCCCGACCAUUUCCGGAACAUGGGGGUUGCCCUGUACACUCUCUUCAUCUGCAUCACCCAAGAUGGCUGGCUGGACAUCUACAGUGACUUUCAGAUGGAGAAGAGGGAGUACGCAAUGGAGAUUGGGGCUGCCAUCUACUUUGCCAUCUUCAUCACCAUCGGUGCCUUCAUUGGCAUCAACCUGUUCGUCGUCGUGGUGACCACCAAUCUGGAACAGAUGAUGAAGACAGGAGAGCAGGGGCAGGAGAAUCGAAUAAUCUUUAGUGAGACAGGCGCAGAGAAGGAGGAAGACUGGGGUGAUGAGCUGCCACUUGUGCACUGUGCAGUAGCCCGCUUGGAGAAAUCGGGUGUCCCCCAAGAACCGCUUGUGGGGGGCCCCCUGUCAAACCUCUCGGAAAAAACAUGCGACAACUUUUGCUUGGUGCUUGAGGCGAUACAGGAGAACCUGAUGCAGUACAAGGAGAUCCGAGAGGAGCUUAACAUGAUCGUAGAGGAGGUGCGCUCCAUUCGCUUCAACCAGGAGCAGGAGGAGGUGCUUCUGCACAGGCGCUUGUCGCUGAAUGUGUCGCUGGAGAGCCGGUCCUCUGUGGACAUGCAACAUAUGGCUAAGCAAGACUUGCUCUCUGCGCUAAUCACCAGGGAAAAGGUUUAUGAAUCUAGCACAAACAUGCUGCUUAGCAAACAUAAGUUCAACUACUGAGACUGCAGGAGGGAGCCAAGCACACACAAGCCAGCUACUGCAGCUUCCUGCAUCCCCAGCACGGCGUGGCACAGCCUAGCAAGAGCCCAGCCUCUCCUUGCACAUGGGCAGAGGCCAGGUGCUGUGACAGUGGCAACCUCCGCAGGGCUUGUGCCUGUGAGUCGCAGGUCCAGAGGAGCCAGGAUGGAGAAGGACUCUGGAUGAGAGUGGAAGCCCUAGCAGCAAAGAUGAGUGAGGAAGGGGGGUUGCUGGCCACGGUAACCAGGAUUUGGCCUAAGGAUGGGUAUUCCUGACCCCCUGCUCCAGCCCAGAGCUGGAUACGGCCUGAAUGGACCAAGCACCAAGAAGAGAAAGGGCCACCUGCCAAGGCCAGUGAGGCCGGGUGCUGUGUAAUGACAAUAAAUUUUGUGUUGGAAUCAGUGUCUAACUAGUACUUGUACCCCCAGCUCUACCCCCUUGGGGUACUUGCCCCAGGUCUGAUGGGGAAGAUAGAUUUUGCCCCUCAAAGCCUGUUUGUCUGAUGCCCUCAGGGGCUUGCAAAUGCAAUGUGGGAAAAAAAUCCAUCCCUCUGAAAAUUUCUUACUUAAUGGUAGAGAUAUAAUCCCAGCCCACAGGGUUCUCAGUUUUGGUGAGGGGUGGAUCCGGACUCCAAGCCUGGGAGCCCUGCCUGAUAAAGGAACUAGUACUACCUUCUCUUUCCCUGUCUGAUCCUCACUCUGGGGAACCUUAAACUGAUGGGGUCACAAUUGACUAAGCUGUGUGGGUAAAACCAGCUCCAUUCUUGGACAAUGGAGACUGACUGGUUAAAAUGUGGGUUCUGGCAGGCUUCCUGGGGGAAAGCAGUCACUGCGUCUUGCUAGAAGAAAGCAGGAGGAUUUUGUGGGUCAGGCCAGAACUCCUUCCCAGCAUCCUCUGGGGCCAUCCACCAGCACAGACAUGGGCAGCUGCUGGCCGCUGCUGCUGCUACUCCUUAUA